GCUGGGCCCCGGAGGGGACGGGGGUCCGGGCUGUGGCUUCGGCGAGGCGGUCGCCCUGCCUGCCUGCCCGCCCGCCCGCGGCAUCAUCAUCAUGGUGCUUCCCCUGCAGAAAUGCCGGGAGGAGUGGGAAGAGCUGGAGGAGGAAUUCCAGCAGCUCCAGGAAACUCACAAAAUCUACAAACAAAAGCUAGAGGAACUGAACAGCUUCCAGGCCGCCUGCAGCAGCUCUAUUCAGAAGCAAAAGCGGGGCUUAAAGGAGUUGAAGUACAGUUUUCAAAGAUGUCAACGCGGCUGCAGCUUGGAAGAAUCGGAGCUCAUACAGCAAAUAAACAGCCAGAUCAAAGAGCGGCAAAAUGUCUUCUUUGACAUGGAAGCCUAUUUGCCGAAGAAGAACGGCUUAUACUUGAACCUGGUAUUGGGAAAUGUGAACGUCACCCUCCUAAGCAAUCAGGCCAAGUUUGCCUACAAAGACGAAUAUGAAAAAUUCAAACUCUACUUGACAAUCAUCCUGUUGCUCGGAGCAGUUGCUUGCCGUUUCUUUCUUCAUUACCGGGUGACUGAUGAAGUGUUCAACUUCCUCUUAGUUUGGUAUUACUGCACGCUGACAAUAAGAGAAAGCAUCCUCAUCAGCAAUGGAUCAAGAAUUAAGGGCUGGUGGGUGUCUCAUCAUUAUGUCUCAACGUUCUUAUCUGGUGUGAUGUUAACAUGGCCAGAUGGUCUCAUUUACCAAAUGUUCCGCAACCAGUUUUUAGCAUUUUCAAUUUUUCAAAGUUGUGUUCAGUUUCUACAAUAUUACUAUCAAAGUGGCUGCUUGUACAGACUUCGUGCAUUAGGGGAGAGAAACCACUUAGAUCUCACAGUGGAGGGGUUCCAGUCUUGGAUGUGGCGAGGGCUGACGUUCCUGCUCCCCUUCCUGUUCUUUGGCCACUUCUGGCAGCUCUACAAUGCCAUCACGCUUUUUGAACUGUCGAGACAUAAAAACUGUAAAGAAUGGCAAGUUUUUGUGCUGGCACUCACGUUUCUGCUGCUCUUCCUUGGGAACUUCCUCACGACUCUGAAAGUUGUGCAUACGAAAUUUCAGAAGAAUAAAAUGAAGAAGCUGUGAGAAAGGAGGUUGUGCUUACGGACGCUAAAACCUGAGGGGGGCGUUGUUGUCUGGUUUCUUUCUUUCCCCCCCUCCGCCGCGAUGAGACUCACAUCCUGGACAGCCCUCCUGUGUCCCCACGGGCCCUGCAGCAAGGAAACCGUGGAAGAGAUUCCAUGCACGCCACGCUGUACGUCUUCCUCAACUGACUUAUUCUGCAAGUGCUGCUGUCUCCCAGCCGAUAGCCCCACUAUUUAUAUUUAAUUAAAUGCAAAAACCCCUCUGGCUUUUUCCAGGAUGCAGUCAUGAGGUUGGUCCCUCCUGGGAAGAUGACGGAUUCUCAGGAGAACAAGGGCAUUUCAUUAACCUGGAAUAAAGCAAGCUUUGAUUUAAGUGCUGUCUCCAAAA